CCGGGCGAGGACCGCGUGUGUAGGUACUGCCGCCACAGGACCGGGGCCUGGCGUCUGUGGUGACCGCACGCACGCGCACUAAGCUCAGAAUGAGGGUCGCAGCCCUGAUCAGUGGUGGGAAGGACAGCUGUUACAACAUGAUGCGGUGCAUUGCCGAGGGGCACCAAAUUGUUGCAUUAGCAAAUCUAAGACCAGAUGACAACCAAGUGGAGUCAGAUGAACUGGAUAGCUACAUGUAUCAGACAGUGGGUCACCAUGCCAUUGACUUGUAUGCUGAGGCAAUGGCCCUGCCCCUGUAUCGAAGAACCAUCAGAGGAAGGAGCUUGGAGACGGGAAGAGUGUAUACCAGAUGUGAAGGUGAUGAGGUUGAAGAUCUCUAUGAACUAUUAAAGCUCGUUAAGGAAAAAGAAGAAAUAGAAGGGGUAUCAGUAGGUGCUAUACUUUCUGACUAUCAGCGUGUACGAGUAGAAAAUGUAUGUAAACGACUCAAUCUCCAGCCUUUAGCUUACCUUUGGCAGAGAAACCAGGAAGAUUUGCUCCGAGAGAUGAUAGCAUCUAAUAUCGAGGCUAUUAUCAUCAAAGUAGCAGCUUUGGGCUUGGAUCCUGAUAAGCAUCUUGGAAAAACCCUGGGUGAAAUGGAACCUUAUCUUUUAGAGCUCUCCAAGAAGUAUGGUGUCCAUGUGUGUGGAGAAGGUGGGGAGUAUGAGACGUUCACAUUGGACUGCCCUCUGUUCAAGAAGAAGAUCGUUGUGGACACUUCUGAGGCAGUCAUCCACUCAGCCGAUGCAUUUGCACCUGUGGCUUAUCUGCGGCUCUCAGGGCUGCACUUGGAAGAGAAGGUGUCUUCAGUACCUGGGGAUGGUGAAACAACUAAUUAUAUACACAGUUCUUAAUAUUUAUACUGCAUUUUAAAAAUUAUUAUGACCUACUUUUCUUAUUACAAUUUUUAAUUCUUAAAAAAUAUUGGAAACAUUGAAUAAUUGGGAGAAUUUCAGUGAACUCUUCUUUGAUUUUGCCAUUUCUUCAACUUGCUUUCUUCUACAAACAUAAUUUAUCUUUUAUUCCUAUUAGAUUAUUAUUAUAUCACCCAUCACUUUCCUCAGAACCCUACUAUAUACCCCUCCUUGCUCCUUUUCAAAUUUAUGGACACCAUUUUCAUUACUGUUGUUAUAAAACCCUCUCACUGUGUCUCGCUCUCUGUCUCUGCACGCUCCCCCCCCCGCGCCUCUACACACACACACACACACACACACACACACACACACACACACACACACACACACACACACACACACUUUCCUAAAUACAUAAAUACAACCUGUCCCGACUGUGUAGCAUUGCCUAUAUUGUGUUGUCAGGGUUGGCCAUUUGCUGUUGGAUAACCAAGUGCCCUGCUCUCCCCAUGGGUUUUCCCUCCACUCUAGCAUGUCCGUCAGCGCCCUCACUGUUCAGCUCAUGUUUAGGGAGCCAUGAGAAGACUUCACGGGUGCAGCUUCUGAGGCUCCUGGGAGAAGCAAACCCCCUGGGCCUCUGGCUCUCACAGUCCUCUCUCUCCCCUUUACUCUCGUGUUGGUAACGAGUCUCAUGGCCUUUGUGUGGCGGGCCCCUGGAUUUCCUUUGAUUCCUCUCCAGCCCUCUUCAUUUAGCAUUUCCUACUUUUUUCUCCCCUCUUUUUCCCACCCCAUGUCCUGAAAAGAGGUAUCAGAAAAUGAAGACCCUGAUCUUUGUACUUAGCUCAUUGUAAUCACGUGUCACUGCAGUAAUUUCUCUUUUCUAUUUUUUUAUAUAAUCAUUCAAAAUGUUAUUCAUCAUUGGAUAAUUAGAAAGAUUAUCAUAAGUGGCUGGUUAUUUUAUGAUUGAUUUUAAAGAAAUUUUAAGUAUCACUUAUGAAUACCUAAUAUAUAUUUUUUCAAAAACUAUUUUUCUAGAAUAAUUUUAUGUUCACUGCAAAACUGAAUGGAAAAGCACAAAGUGCCCAUGCUUAUUUUUUGUGCCACUGGAACACCAUCUGCCUCAUAUCGGCAUACUAUACCAGAGAGGUAUUUUGUAACUGAUAAACCCUCAUUGCUAGAUCCUUAUCCAAGGUCCAUUUUUAACCAGAAAUGGUGGUUGCCCCUGUAAUUCCAGAACUUGAGAAGUUGAAGCAGGAGCUGUGCUGUGAGAUGUGGCCUGGAUCACCUUGUCUCAAAAACAAACAAAAACUUCAUAGUUUGUACAAAGUCUCACAAUUGUGGUUUUACAUUCCAUGGGAUUUAACAAAUGUUCAAAACCGUAGAUGCAUCGUUAUCCCCCUAUAACAUAGUAGUUCUGCUGUCUUAAUAAUCCUGUGUGCUCCACCUAUUCAUCCUUCUGUCUGCUCCAGCCCCUCCCUGGCAACCACUGAUCUCUCUGCUCUCUAGUUUUGCAAUUUUGAGGAUAUCAUGUGGUAGCAAUCCUUCACUUAUUAGUACGUGUUUUGAUUCCCUUGUUUCUCAUUAUGGUUGUUUCUACUUUUUGUCGAGUAUGAAUAAAGCUGCUAUCAACAUUCAUGUA